AUGGCGGCAACAGUUUCUUCUCCUUGGGGCAAACCCGGCGCGUGGGCUUUGGACGCCGAAGAACAAGAAGCUGAACUCCAACAAGAACAGCAAAGUUCUCAACAAGCAUCUACUUUAGCCGCCGAACCACUCGGUGGCGUCGCUGAGUUCCCUUCUCUAGCAGCCGCCGCCGCCACCAAACAACCCAAAAAGAAAAAAACCCAAACCUUUUCCUUAGCUGAAUUUUCUAAUUAUUCAUCAACUAAGCCGACUCAUGAGCCUGAUCUCCUCAAUCUCCCAACUCGGCCCCGUGAACGCUCCGCUGAAGAGCUUGACCGGGCCCGCAUCGGCGGUGGGUUUAAAUCGUAUGGUUCAAAUUAUCGUAACGGUGGAGAAGAAUCAAAUUCGAGGUGGGGUGGUGGCGGUGGUAACGGAAGUUCUAGGGUUUCUAAUAGGGAUCCGAGUAGGGAAUUUGCUCCUUCGCGAGCUGAUGAGAUUGAUGAUUGGUCGAAAACGAAGAAAUCGCCAGUAGGGAAUGGCUAUGAGAGGAGGGAAAGGGAGAGGGGAUCUUCUUUUUUCGAUUCUCAGUCAAAAGCUGAUGAAUCGGAGAGCUGGGUUUCUAAUAAGGCAGCUAAUGAAGGGCCAAGGAGAUUUGGUGGAGGGAAUAACGGUGGGUUUGAGAAGAGAGGGAGUUUUGAUUCCUUAUCGAGAGAAAGGCAUGGGUUUAGCGGUGGUGCUGCUGAUUCGGAUAAUUGGGGGAGGAAGAAAGAUGAGCAUUUUAGCAGUGCUAGUGGUGGUGAGAGGCCGAAAUUGAAGCUACAGCCAAGAACUUUACCUGUCAGUAAUGGGAAUGGAGUGUUAGCGAAGCCUAAAGGAUCAAGCCCGUUUGGAGAUGCGAGGCCUAGAGAGGAGGUUUUGAAGGAGAAAGGGAUGGAUUAUAAGGAGAUUGAUGAGAAGCUGGAGGCUGUGAAAAUUAGCAGCGAGAGAAAUAAGGAAUUGGAGAGAGGGGAUUCCUAUGGAAAAAGUGGAUUUGGGAUUGGUCGUGGAGGUUCCGGUAAUGAGAGAAGUUGGAGGAAGGCGGAUGUUGCUGAUUCUGGUUCUCGUCCACAGAGUGCCGAUGCAACUGAGAAUGGAAAUAAUGUUGAGGAUGGGCUUGCUACUGAGGGUGAAGUUGCCGAAGGAAAUUGA